AUGCCAGGCCACGGACGUCGUAAGAAACGGCGAGCAUCGUCGCAGGAUGAGGAACUAGCUCGUCGCAGGUUUCUUGAAGCUUUGGAAGCUCAGCGUGCCAAUGCUCGCAUUCAAAAGGUUGAAAAAACUUGCUCAACAGCAGUUGAGACUCGACCUUCUUCAGGUGUUGUUCAAUUGCCAGGUUUCUACUACGAUGAGGCUAAACGUCGCUAUUUUCGUACUUGUCCGACGUCGGAGCAACAUGAACGUGAACAAUCCAAGGUGCAAGAGCAAAAACGACAAGUGGAAGUGCAGCAGCUUGUACGUCAAGUGAACAACAAUCGGCAGUGGGGGUCUUCGCAGGUUGUGGAAGCCCUAAACAUGACUAAUGGUGAUCGACUCACUGCGUUGGGGUUGCAUUCAGGAGCUAGAACUGUUGGAGCUAUUAGUGCCAGCAGCGGAAGGUUGAACAUAUUCAGGCUGCAGAGACGGUCACAUGAAGCUGAAUCGACUACCAGCUCGCAGCUUUCAGUUCCUAUCUAUGAUUUUAGUUUUUGUGGAGUCGUGACGUCUUUGCAGUGGCGCCCAGUGCAGGAGCUCGAACUGCUCGCGUGUCAUCUCGGAUCUGACCCGAGAAAUAUCUCGCAAACAACGUCAGGGAACGUUUAUUAUCUACGCGUAGGUGACCAGGAAACGAGAGGAGUUGCAUUGGUGUCAAUGGUACAAAUGAAGAGAAUGAAACUGGUCGAUCCGUGGACUGCAAAAUGGAAUCCAGCUGAAACUAGCAAGUUCAGUAUCGGAUGCAGCGGAUCGUCGAGUGCUGCUUACGUGGAUGCAGUAGCAAAUGGCAGCCAUUUUCAGUGUGCACCAUCUGGAGUUCUUACUAGUGAUGUUCAUGCUCAAAGCUUUUUUAGCACGGGCCACGUCGUAUUGAAUGGGACGAAGAAUGGCGGGGUAUGGGGUUGGGACGUUCGUUCUCCUCGUCGAAUUUUCGAAUGGGAAGUAGAGUCUACUAGUGAUCAGUCUCCAGGUUCCGUUCUUGACAUUCAUAUGCUGAACGAUUGUCGUAGAGCGGUAGUUCAACGAUCAAAUGGAGAAUUACGAGUUGUGGAUCUACGUACAUUCAAACCGGUGGUGGAGUUCAUACAAGGCGCAACGAAGCACUAUCUGCCAAGUUUGCGUUGUGCCAUUGACAGUUCCGAGUCUGUUGUUGUCUCUGGUGGCGACGCAAAAUAUCCAUUGGCAGUAAACAGCUACGACAUACGAAGUGGACGUCGUGUGGCGUCACUAGAGAUGCCAAACGUCCAAACAUCGGAAAAACGACCGACGUUUGUGCAGCAAGUACAAUUGGCAUCUGCUCAUUACAGAAGCCGCUACAAGGACACACCCGAGAUUUGGGCCAUAUCUCACAACGAGCUCUACGUUUGCAGUGGACCGACCGAUAGUGGUAUGAAUGAGGUGUAG